AUGAACAUCAGAAUGGGCGAUUUGAAAGGUUUCAAGGUCGGUACCCGGCCCAUUAGUUUGGUGGCAAUUUUAGUCAUGGUAUACUUUUUAUCAGCCUCCGGUCUGCCCGAUCAACUAACCCGUUACGAACAUGAUGCGAAUUUCAAGAAGUUCCUAAAGGUUUUGAACCAAAAAGAGAUAGUCUUAGAGAAAAGCCUUGGAGUAUGCACUGUAUCUCCUGGGGUGUUCUUGGCCAAACGAAAUAAUAGAGUUUGUGUUGCCAAGAUUAUGGGCGGGUCCCAGGGAAAGAACCAGCUUAGGCCAUUAAAGAACGAGCAUCAAACCAUACAGCUCUUUGAUUCCCAAAUGAUUGUGAAGCCGCUAGAUUAUUUUAGUGAAGGCGGAUUUGAAUGUCUGCUCAUGGAGUAUGUAUCUGGUCGGCGGCUGGAUGAGUACAUCAAACUCAAAACCCAUAGAAAGAAGUAUAUUAGAACGAUCAUAAAGAAAUAUAGCUCCGAAUAUAAAGCGUACAAACAGAAACACGGCUGUAAUUCUAAUGAUAAGAAGACAAAAGAAAAGUAUCGCUUUGAAUUCUGUUUAUUCCGACACCCGCACGAAUUGCUCGAAGAUUGUCGGCGCGUGACUCUGUCCAUGCGAGUAGUUGCCAAAAUACUCUACCAACUGAAAAACCUGAUUGUUCUCUUGCACCGUAGUAAGAUAACUCACACCGACCUCAACUUGACGAAUAUCAUUUUACAGAAAGGGCAGCGCGUUCAAGUGAUUGAUUUUGGCUCGGCUAAUCACCGCGAAAACGAAACCGCUGAGUCCUGGGAGAAAGCGAUCAGUCACGACAGGAUAUGUUUAGGCCGAAUAGCGUACGACCUAUUUUCAUAUCGAGCCGGUGUUCUAACCAACGACCGAUACGAUGAUCUGGCUGUGCUAGCCCAGGGAGGUCCGACCGAAAGAAAGGCGGCAUUGGCCCGGCUUAACGAACUGGUUGAUGGGGGAAAUGCCAGCCGUGUACAUACCAAGAAGUUUCGCCAGGCCUUGCACAGCAUUUCCAAAAACCCUUUAGGUGAUCCGCUUACUGUGCAGGAGAAGGAUCUCGUCCUGGCUGCCGGCCGAACAAGAGUGUGGAAGUACUGUAUAAAGCCUAUUUUUGAUAAGCCAGUGAUUCCCGAUGAUGUUAUAGAAAUAAUCCGAUUAUGUGCAACGGGCCAGGCUCAUGAGUUUGCUAAAGCUUGCUGGCUGAUUAAUCACAUCUACCAGAAAUACGUGCUAGACUAA